GAUAAGGGUCCCCAAAUGCAUGUGAUUGUGGCCUUCGUGCCUUCCAGUGCGAACUGCCCAGAGAGCUUCGGCUCUUGGGCUGCUAUGGAAUUGUAAGUGAUAAGAUUCAGAUGAACUCCAGUCUCGGAUGUCGAGGUGGGGUGAAGUAAAGUGUGCCGUGCAAAUGCGUGGUUUUGUGGCCAGUGGUGAAGACGGAGGGGGGCUGCCGGAGUGUGGAAGUCUGGAGGAGUCUGGAGGAGUCUGAACUGCGCGCGCGCCUGUUUCGUGUUCUUGCGUAUUUUAUAUAACAUACAGCGGGCGGGGGAGUGUUGGGAAUUAUAGCCGAACGCAUCUGGUGGGCGGCAGGUUGGGGAAAGCCGAUAUAGAGCCCCCUUCCAUUAUUCCUGCCUCCGUUCUAUUAGAUUUUACAGUUUUAUUGUUGAAAAUAAGUGAAACAUAACUGUUCGAAGAAGAGUAAGGUAGAAAUCGAUAUGUAAGUAGACUAAACAAAUAAUGCAUGCUGAGAACAACGGUGUACAUAAAUAGGGCUGCACUCCUGUAGGUACCUAUUUAUUCAUUACAUUAAUGUCUUACCUUUUGCUCUAAGGGGACCAAGAUGACAUGCAUGAUCCUUUUCUUCCUCCUCCUCAUUUUAUAUUCACAGUGAUCCUCUGAGGUGGUUUGGACUGAGAGAGUCAGUGAUGGUCCCAAAGUAGUGAGUUACAGGGCCAAGGAGACUUGAUAUAGGGUCCCAAUCCAGAAUUCUAACCGUUAUAUAAUACUAGUUGUCUUACCUGGGAGUAAGACUGAUUGAACUCAGUGGGGUGUAUUCCUUAGUAGACAUGUGCAGGUUUGUGCUUUAAGAGACCAAUGCAACCAAAGUAAAUUAAAUCUAUUCCAGCAUUGGGUCACUGGGCUAAUUUCCAUGUAGUCUUUAAACAACAGCAGUGGCUGCACUUGACAUUAGCGCUAUCGAUGGUUGUGCUCCAAGCUGUGCCAUCAAGAGCACUCUGGUAGGUUGUGCUGGGUUUGCCAGGUGGCUUGCCCUAAUCAUUUGAGCCUGGCAUUAGGUGGUUGGAUAGAAUAAUUGUUUACCCUUAAUGCUGUACUUGCAUUUUCAGUGAGCUGAGUUCUUAAAUCUAGCUUCUGAAAGCUUUCUUUGUUAUCUGGUUGUUUGUAUUUUGCUAAUUUUGUAUUGCCCUUCCCUGAAGUGCAUUGUUAUUCUAAUAUCCAGAAUGAUCUGAUGAUGUAAUUGAGAUUAGUUGUGUGUUUAGUAGCAAGUGCAUAGGCUUAUGAUUAUGCCACUAUUAUACAAGGGUUUGCUGAUGUUUAGUGGUCACCAUUGCAGAUUACAAAAUCUAGCCUAAUUUAAUAUGUGAACUAUUUUGUAAAUAUUCUCAGAGCAUCAUAUAGUAAGGUGUGCUCAUAUUGCAUGUACAGCGUCUAUAAUUCAAUAGGUAAUGUUUAGAAGGAAUGCCAAAUUGUAUCUGCUGCCUUUAUAAACUCAUUAUAUUUUGUUCUCAAACAAGUUGAAUAUUAUGUGUUUUAAAGAUUUUUAUGGUCUAUUGGAACAAUUGUUUUCAAGAAAUACUACACCUGGUAAUUUUCAUUUAUUAUGGAUUGUGAUAUCUUGGCCAUCUGCCACUUGAUCCUGUAUAUGUUUACUCAGAAGUAAAGUGCUGAUGCUGUUUUCCCAAGUAAAUGUGUGUAGGGUUGCAAUCUUAACUGAGAGUGUGCUAUUUAGACUGACAAAAGUCCUACAAAUCCCAGCAUGGAGGAAAUGUUAGGACUUGUUUCUGCCCAAACAUAUGUCACUGAUUUACGUCAUACAAAUUACUUAUUUAUGAUAGUUAAUAGGUGGAGUUGGAAUUAGUAGUUAAAACUAGUCGGGUCAGUCUUAGAGGUGAUGUUCAAACUCAUUUUCCUUUAAGCGUUUAUGCUUUUUAUGUGUCUGUGACACAGACAUUUAUGUAACUGUGCUUGUGGCCUGGAAUUACAAGUAGAACCUUGCUGCUCUUUAUGAAAAGCAGGAAUGGAAUUUGAAAAAAAUCUUUAGUAGAAAUGGAAAGCAUGAAACUAGACAAUUCUGAUAAGCUAUGGAACAAAAUAUUCAGGUAUCCUAGCUGCCAUUUUUGGGUCAGUUGAAUGGUUUCUGGUAAAGAACAUAAUGUUUUCAAGAAAUUACCAAAACAUGACUAUAUUUGUUGGCAAUUCAACUCUUCCAUGCUCCUGCUACUCUCUGCAUUUUGAAUUUUAUAUCCUAGACUUAACCCUCAUACCUAUUCUCAAAAGGAAGAAGACAGUGUAAACUACAGUUCAGUGUGAGCUCUUUCCUUGGAAACUGAGAUACCAGAAUAAAAUUUGGCAAAGCACAUUCAGGACAUCCUUCUGUAACUGAAGGAAGAACAUCCUUUUGUGAACCACCCAGAGAGCUUCAGCUACAGACAAUAUGGAAAUGUAAUCAUUAAUCAUCAUCAUCAUCAUCAUCAACAUCCAUCUGAAAGGACCAAACAUAACAUACAGUACAAUACGCCCCUUGAAGAUAUAAUAUGAAAAUUCCAAUUCACAUCAUUUCAAUACCAUUCUUGGAAAAAAGAACAUGUUUAGGUGCAGAUAUCUUCUGCAUCAGAGAUGAGCAAUCUUUUUGGCCAGAAGAGCCAUAGCUGCUUUCAGCUGGUUUCAGCAUAUGCACUUAUUCUUUACACAGUUAUACCUCCCCUUCUGGCCCAUGGAGAUCUGAUCACACUGGGUACAACUUCUAUCCCCUUCUAAAGAGCCAUUUGACUGACUUGAAUCUCAUGAAACAAGUGUGUCACCUAAAGCAUGUUGAAGAGUCCUAGAGGUGUCUGGAUGCUAAUGGCUGAGGAUUAUCAUUAGAAGAGAGAGAGGCAAAUUUUAAGUGCGUUUGGAAUGUACUGGACCUAUGUACUUCAUGCUUUUUGAUGCUAACUGAGCUGAACCAUGACGUACAUUUAUGCCAACCAUUCUUUUUAAAAUAUAAGGUUUAUGAACUCAGCUUUGACAUUUGAACAUUGUGAAUGCAAAUAAUACACAAAUAUGGGUAUAUACUGUGCAGCUGACUACUUAACAAAAAGCAUUCUGCUAUUUCACUGAAGAACUGGGCUUUGCACUCUAUAAAGCAAUUUGAACUCUGUGAAAAUAUUGCAAAGUAUUCAUUGACUUUAAAGUUACUUCGCAGAAUAAGUGAUUACAAGGGAAAUGGCAAAUGAUAAAAUGAUUGUAGAAAACAUGGACAUUCAGAUGAAAACCAUGGAUGCUCUUCAAGAAGAUAUUGAGAUGAAUGGAGGAUCAAGUGCAAAUGAUAACCAUGAAAAUUACUUCAAUGGGCAUGAUUCACACAGCAAUGAGGGUGAAGAAAAUGGGAAAGAAACAGCUAUGAUCAUGGAAUCGUUAGACUGCUACAAAAGCACUGAACUGUCUUCUAAAUCUAAAAUCCAAAAGGAACUGAUAAAAACAUUGCAAGAACUGAAAGGGCAUCUUCCUCCUGAUAGAAGGCUCAAAGGCAAAUCUAGUAUUUUAGCAACUCUGAAAUAUGCACUGAGGAGCAUUAAACAAGUUAAAGCUAACGAAGAAUAUUACCAGUUGAUGAUGAUUAAUGAAAGCCAUCCUUGCAGUCUUGAUGUAUUCUCCUAUACUGUGGAAGAUGUUGAAAAUAUUACUACAGAGUACAUUAUGAAGAAUGCAGAUAUGUUUGCAGUAGCCGUUUCUUUGGUUACUGGGAAAAUUCUGUAUAUUUCUGAUCAGGCUGCUUCUAUUCUCCAUUGUAAGAAAGACCGCUUUAAAAAUGCCAAAUUUGUGGAGUUUCUGGCACCUCAAGAUGUUAGUGUGUUUUAUAGUUCUACCACUCCAUAUAGAUUGCCAUCCUGGAGUAUUUGCAAUGGAGUAGAGUCUGCUACCCAGGAGUGUAUAGAAGAAAAAUCUUUUUUCUGCCGCAUUAGUACAGGGAAAGAACAUAUAAAUGAGAUCUGCUACCAACCAUUCCGUAUGACUCCGUACCUUAUUAAAGCACAAGAUGCAGAAGAACAGCUUUGUUGUGUGUUGCUUGCAGAAAAGGUGCAUUCUGGUUAUGAAGCACCUAGAAUUCCUCCAAAUAAAAGAGUCUUUACAACCACGCAUACGCCAGGUUGUUUGUUCCAAGAUAUAGAUGAAAGAGCGGUACCUCUGCUGGGAUACUUGCCGCAGGACUUAAUUGGAACACCAGUCUUAGUGCAUCUUCAUCCAAGUGACAGACCUUUAAUGCUAGCAAUUCACAAAAAAAUACUUCAGUGUGGUGGACAGCCGUUUGAUUACUCACCAAUCAGGUUCUGCACUAGAAAUGGUGAAUACAUAACUCUGGAUACUAGUUGGUCCAGUUUCAUCAAUCCUUGGAGUCGAAAGAUUUCCUUUAUAAUCGGAAGACACAAAGUUAGAACAGGUCCCUUGAAUGAAGAUGUGUUUGCACCUCAUUGCACGGAGGAAAAAAUUCUUCACCCAAGCAUUCAGGAAAUUACAGAGCAAAUACAUCGGUUAUUAUUGCAGCCUGUGCAUAACAGUGGCUCUAGCGGCUACGGAAGCUUGGGGAGCAAUGGGUCGCAUGAACACCUAAUGAGUGUGGCUUCAUCCAGUGACAGCAACGGGAACAAUAAUGAGGAUACACAGAGGAUACCAAAGCCUAAUUCUUCUCAAGAUAUUUGUAAAAAUGGUCGUGUGGCCAAAAAUAAAGGGGAGCAUGCGUUCGUUGACUCCAGGUCAAAGCUUGAAAAUCAGAAGAAAUCUUACGGAGAGAAACUCAGUGAUUGUCGUGCCCUUGCGAAAGGCGCAGCUCAGUCAGCUGAAAACGAUAAUGCUGUUGGAAUUGCGUGUCAAAGGAACCUGGCUGCAGAAGAACUGGCUUGGGGGGAGCAGCCUGCAUAUUCAUAUCAACAGAUUAGUUGUUUAGAUAGUGUUAUCAGGUAUUUGGAAAGUUGCAGUGCAGCUGAUGAAGUGAAGAAAAAGCCUCAGUCUACAUCAAGCACUGUUUCACUUAAUCCUGAAAUACACAGAAAGAAAAUGGAUAGUACCAUUGAAACAUCCACAGAAGAAAGUGGGCUGUCAAAACCUCACAUCGGCCCUACAGUGUUGGAGUCACCUGACAAAUCAAACGCUUCUGUUGUUGGUGGCCACCUAACUUCUUUGACUUUGCCUGGAAAGCCAGAAAGUGUUGUAUCGUUUACCAGUCAAUGCAGCUACAGCAGCACUAUAGUUCAUGUUGGAGACAAAAAAACGCAACCUGAAUUAGAAAUAAUAGAAGAUGGUCCCAGUGGAACAGAACCCAUAGAAAAUCAACAAUCUAGCACUGCACAAAAGAACCAGGAAAAAGAGGCCUUUAAAAAAUUGGGACUUACAAAAGAAGUCCUUGCAGUGCAUACACAAAAAGAAGAGCAGAGCUUUCUGAACAAAUGUAAAGAAAUUAAAAGAUUCCAUAUUUUUCAAUAUCAUUGCAAUUACUACUUUCAAGACAGACCCAAGGGACAGCGUGGUGAACAUGGUAUGCAUGGACUGCAGCAUGGCUCUGGAAUAGAUCAGUCUUGGAAAAAAAGUGGGAAGAACAGGAAAUCUAAGUCAAAACGACAUAAGCCUCAUGAAUCUUCAGAUAGUACAACUUCUGGUACCAAACCUCCACACAGGAUUCCUCUGCUGGGCUUAAAUAAUACCGCUUGGUCUCCAUCAGAUACUUCCCAAGCCAGUUAUUCUGCCAUGCCUUUUCCUGCAGUUAUGCCUGCAUAUACACUCCCAGUUUUUCCACCCACUGGAAAUGUUCACCCAGGUCCUGAAACUUCUCUUUCUGGUUUGAAUGAAUCACCGGACUUGGGAAAUCAUUGUCCAUUGCCUUUAUCGCAAUUCCCUGCACCACUAGUGACUCCGGUGGUAGCACUUGUACUCCCCAACUAUGUGUAUCCUCAGGUGAACAAUGGUAUCCCUCAAACACUUUAUCCUGAUCCACCUACCUUUUCUGCUCAGCCUUCUUUCUCUUCACAAGCACCGUUUACAGCACAGACUCCAUUCAAUGCCUCAAACACAUUCCCUCCUCAGACUAUUUUUCAGACAGAACCAUUCCAUUAUAAUCCAUCAGCACAUAGUGAAAAGACCCGUGUUAUAGAAUCCCGAAAUGAACCCUCCCGUUCCUGCACUCCUCAGUCUCUGGGUCCACAAGACCAGGCUUCAGCACCAUUGUUCCAGUCACGGUGCAGUUCUCCUCUACAGCUGAACCUUCUACAAUUAGAAGAAAUGCCAAAAGUGACUGAAAGUGGAGCUGCCAGUAUGCUGGGGAACUAUGGAACUUUAGCCGAUGGAGGAACCACAAACAAACCCAUGAGUUCAGAUGACUGUAACAGAAAAGUAUCCUCCCCUGUUGAAUUUCCGAUGGAAGCUCAAAGUAGUGAUGCCUUCUCUGUAUCCAGCGAUAUACUUGAUAUUUUACUUCAGGAAGAUGCAAGUUCAGGCACUGGGUCUGCCUUAUCAGGAAGUGGUGCAUCAGCAGCUGCUGAGUCUUUAGGAUCAGGUUCAAAUGGAUGUGGCACGUCAGGUAGUGGAACAGGAAGUAGUGAGACAAGUCAUACCAGCAAGUAUUUCGGGAGCAUCGAUUCCUCAGAAAACAAUCAUAAAACCAAGAGCUCAGAAAUGGAAGAAAGUGAGCAGUUUAUUAAAUAUGUCCUGCAGGAUCCCAUCUGGCUACUGAUGGCAAAUACAGAUGAUGCUGUUAUGAUGACUUACCAGAUACCCUCCCGUGACUUAGAAGCUGUUUUAGAAGAAGACAAAUUGAAACUGAAACAAAUGCAAAAGUUUCAACCAAAGUUUACUGAAGAGCAAAAAAGAGAGCUACUUGAAGUGCAUCCAUGGAUUCAGAAGGGUGGACUUCCGGAGGCGGUUGCUAAUUCAGAGUGUGUUUAUUGUGAAGAAAAUGCUAAUAGCAGAUCUUAUGCACAAGAUGAAGAAAUCCAUGAAAUGGAGCUUAAUGAAAUGAGUGAAGCUAGUGGGGAAACUAGUUUGGCUGCCUGGAACCCAGUUGUCAGUGAAAAUGUCUAAUCAAUGAAUACCUGUUUCAGAAAUACCUGGUUGUAAUUAUUGCCGUGGAUCAAUAGAUCUUUAAGGUUUUUAAGCUUGUUUCUUGUGAAAUAAUUCCAUUUUAUAAAAAACAAAUGGAUUUUUUGUUCUAGAAAAAGGUCAUUUGUGAUUAAUUUCUUUGAAUGGGGACAUUCCUUUUCCUUCUAGCAACCAUUGUAUUUUUAGCAGAUGUAUAUUCCUAUUUAAUAUUUCUAAAAACAAAUCUUUCACAUUCUGAAAAACCUACAAUAAUUCUUCAAAAUUACAGCAAAUAUUAUCAAGACCUGACUGGAUACAUUAAGGGAUGUUGCAAAGUACUGGGCCAUCCUAGAUUUCUUUUUUCUAAUUUCUGUUUUUCAGUAAAAUAUAAUUUACAAAUUUAUUGUAUAUUUUCCAGUUUGGAAUAUCAGGAAUGAAUUCCAGAUUAGUGGACACUAAAUCUUUUACACAAUAUUUUACAAAUGUUUUACUUAUUUUUUUAAAAAAAUUAACCUUCCUGUUAUAUCUGUAGUCUGAUUUACUGGUGUUACUAUUUUCACCUUUCUGAAGAAUCCAAAUACCCGUUCAAUAUGUUAAAAAUCCCUGAUAACUUUUUACUUCAGCAUCAAAACAUAAUAAUUCUAUUCAUUAUAAAUUCUCAUAAUAAAAUACUGAUAAUUCUAUUUGUUAUAAAUUCUGAUAAGUUAUCUUUUAAAUUUAUAUCAGAGGCAUGUUUGUUAAAAUGUUAACGCUGACAUGCAUUCCCACUAAUUAAUCUUUCAUCAGCCAUUAGCAAUUGUCUUUUUUCAAAUGUUUUUGCUGAGAAGCAUACUAAACUUUACAAGUACCAAAAAACAAAAUUACUACUCCCUGUCAGUACAUGCUUACAUGCCACAUGGACCUCCAAACAUUAGCAUUCUGACCAGAAUCAUUUACUCAGCAUGAAGAGGAUAAUCUUGAUAAUAAGGUGGUAAAAAUGAUAAAGUAUAUUAGGGAAGUCAACUGUAAUUUGAAACUUAAAUUACAUCUACCUUCUCUAGCUGCAGUUCUCUUUCAGACUUUUUGAAGCUUGCCUUUACUUCGGUUUCUGUAACUUUGAAAGAUAGUAGAAAGGCUGAUGUAGCAGUGUUCUAAAAAUAUUGUUUGUAGCUGGAUAUUAUAAAAGAUUAUCUCAGGAUAUAGUAACAGCUUAGUAACCCUUUUCAAACUAUGUAUAAAUGCAUAAAUAUACUACAUUUAUACAUAUAAAUACAUCUGUGUAUAUGUAUAAAUGUGUAAAAAUAACAUACUAAAUGGUGUUCCAGAUGUUAUCAUUUUUGCUAUCAGACACAGUAAAAAACCUGAUGAGUAAUUUACUGAGACAAAGAUUUAGUCUGACAGCAUCUGGUAAUCUAUGUUUUAACAAAACAAGGAAGCCUCAAAAUUUCCUUGUUUGUUGAUAUAUUCAUGUUGGGUUUUUUCCCCAAACUUUCCUGCCGGCAUUUUUGAAUGUGAAUCCAGUGAUCAGUUGGCUAAGAACCAGCAGUUUAUCUGGAUGGAUAAAUUACAAACUUUAAUUGUGAAUUGUAUAGACUAAGAUCCCCCUGUCCCAGAAUUUGCUCCUGUAAAUUUAUUCUAGUGCCUCCUAAUUUUUGUAUUAUAAGAAAGGGGUAAAUAAUCCAGUGUGCACCUGUUCUACACCCUUCUCUCAGAAUAUCUCAUGUUUUAAAAGAGUGAAAUUUAUGUGCAUGUACAAACCAUGAUACAGCUUUAUUUUAAAUCCUCGUUCAUUAAAAUGUGUAUGAAUACUGCUGGUACAUCAGCAUAUUGUGCAUAUCCUGUUGUGCUUAAACAACUGUUUUAAAUGUUCCUCAACCAGGGUACCUUUGAGAAAUGAGUUUUAUCUAAUGAUAUAUCGUUAAACUUUGUUCUACAAUCACUUAUGCACAGCUUUUAUGUAUUGUAUUUGAAUCUCAUAGUAAAUUAUCAGUGUUAAAAAUGAAGGCCACAAUACAGACAGUCAUACAAUUAUGACUUCGGGCUUGUGAUUUUUCGGAGCAGUUUCCCCCGCUCCCCCAUGGUGCAUGGUGAUCUAUUUUGUGUGUGUGAUUCCAUUGACAAUUUAGAGAGAGGAGAGAGAGGUAUUUCAAGCCUUUAAUGGAUGCAUUAAUACCAAUGACUAUACCCUUUUAAACUACAUCAUUCUUUAUAGGGUGGAAUUUAAAAGUUCCCAUAAACUUUUUGAACAGCAGUUCUCCAUUUUUAGACAAAAUUAUAAAAUCAACUUUCUUCAAAUUUGUAGUAGACUUGUUUUAGCUUAGAAUGAGAGAACGUUGUUAUGUGGUUUUCCCCUCUGCAAACAAUGUUUUCUGUACACUGUGCAAUAUUUGGUUUUUUGUCACUUGUGACCACUUUUUAUUACAUGCUUUCUAGAAAAUUCGUAAAUAAAGCCAAUUUAUUUUU